ACCUUCCGAGAUUCGCUUAUCAAAGUUUCAGCCAUUGUUUGUUGUGACUCGUUGCGUAUAAAAGACGGACGAAAAGUGCGAUUAGGUCACUUAUUUCUUUAGUCUUGUUAAGUGAUGCGUUCAUUUCAAAGAAAUAAAGCUGCUAGGAGCCUCAGCGUCCGGCCCAGAAACCGCAACAAGGCCGCCCCGAAAGGCAAAGCCGUGACAAUCCUAAUAAUUUGCAACGUCUCUGUGGACAUGUGGCUCCUGAACAAAUACCUGUUGACGCACUGCAACCUGCCGGUCGGCAUACUGGUCCUCGUGCAGGUGUGCCUGAACGUCUUCGUCUUGCUGUUGACCAGGACGUUCGGCUACACCAGCUUCCCGCUGGUGAACAUCAGCGGGUUGUACUCGUUCUAUCCGUUGCCGGUUAUCUUCGGCGCUAAACUGGCCUUCCACUUGUUGGCGUGCCAUUUGAUAGACUUGCCGACGUUCCUGGUCCUGGACAGGAUCACGAUUGUCGUCAACACAUUGGCGGACACGCUGUUCUUCAGCAACAAGGUCUCGAAAAGAAACAAGACGGCUUGCUACGCUCUGAUUUUGGGGGCCUGUUUCUUCAUCGACAGUCGGAGUAACACCGUGGGUUACUUCUGCAUCGUUUGGUACUACAUCUUCGAUGCUGCCACUGGUGUUUACUCGGUGAAGGUGUACGACGUUUGGCUUUUGGGGAAACAUGGUAUUGCCUUUUACUGCUCCUUGGUUUUGAUACCGGUCAUGUUGGUCUUCAACUGUCUCAACGGCAAUUUUACUUUGAUGCUCAACAAAUCCGAAUGGUUGACCCUUCAGUUUCAGGCGAUGGUGUGCGUUACCUCAUUGCUUUUUACCGUGCAACCCUUCGGGGGUGUUUUGUGCACCUAUUACAACAGAACACGUUUUACAAGCACCAUCGGCUGCGCCAGAAGCUUGAUUAGUAUCUUAGCCGCCAUUGCUUAUUUGUCUUCGGAUACUCUUAAUCCCUCUCAGUGGUUUGGAAUGAUUGUCAGCAGUGGUGGAUACUGCUUUUAUAGCUGGAAUCAAUGGAGGGCUAGUGGCUACCUUGUCAUCCUUCACUCCGUUUAUGACAGAACUGAUUGACUUCUGAAUUAAAUAUUUUCAUUAUGUUACAAUGUUCUACUAACUAACAUAGACUAGCACUGUUAAAAAUACUAAUAAAACUUUGUUCAACUCAAAUAAAAUUAAAAAUA